CAAAACUUCACUAAGUUGCAUACACUAAUUAAGAGAUAAAAAACAAAGGUAGAAAAAAUGGAAAAUUUCCCAAUUGUUAAUAUGGAGAAGCUUAAUGGUAAUGAGAGGAAUGUUACUAUGGAGAAAAUCAAGGAUGCAUGCGAAAAUUGGGGUUUUUUUGAGGUGGUGAAGCAUCCUAUAUCAACAGAAUUGUUGGACACAGUGGAAAGGGUUACAAAAGAACACUACAAGAAGUGCAUGGAGCAAAAGUUCAAGGAGAUGGUUGUAAUGAAAGGCCUUGAAAAUGCUGAAUCUGAGAUUAGUGAUAUAGAUUGGGAAAGCACUUUCUUCCUUCGUCAUCGUCCCACCUCUAACAUCGCCGAGGUCCCUGAUCUCAGCGACGAAUAUCGGAAGGUUAUGAAGGAAUUUGCAGGAGAAUUAGAGAAGCUAGCAGAACAACUCCUGGAUUUGCUGUGUGAGAACCUUGGGUUGGAAAAAGGAUACCUAAAGAAGGCAUUUUAUGGAGCCAAUGGACCCACCUUUGGUACUAAGGUUAGCAACUACCCACCAUGUCCUAAACCAAAUCUGAUCAAAGGACUCAGGGCCCACACUGAUGCUGGUGGCAUCAUCUUGCUCUUCCAAGAUGACAAAGUCAGUGGUUUGCAGCUUCUCAAAGAUGGUCAAUGGCUUGAUGUUCCACCUAUCAACCACUCCAUUGUCAUUAACUUGGGUGACCAACUCGAGGUCAUAACUAAUGGAAAGUACAAGAGUGUGAUGCACAGAGUGAUAGCACAGACAGAUGGAAACAGGAUGUCAAUAGCCUCAUUCUACAACCCAGGUAGUGAUGCCGUCAUCUAUCCGGCCCCGGAACUGGUUGCGAAACAGGACGAGAAAAGCUUAACCUACCCGAAAUUCGUGUUCGAGGAUUACAUGAAACUCUAUGCAGGCCUUAAGUUCCAGGAGAAAGAGCCAAGAUUUGAGGCCAUGAAGGCAGUUGAGAACACAGUCAAUUUGGGUCCUAUACCAACUGCUUAACUCAUCCUUUCCUAAUCAAGUCAUUAUUUACUAUAAUUACUUGUUUGGAACUCUGUUUACCAUUAAUAUAUUCUCAUUUCUCAAUGUUCGUGCUUUUUUUUGUUUAUUUGUUGUAAAAAGUGACUAUAAAAAAAAAAAAAAAGAGGAAGUUUAUGCUUUUCAAUGAUAAAUUAAAAUGUACUAGUAGUCAUUAAAUAUUCUCUUAAUCUUACUAAAGAAAGUGACAUGUUAAAAGUUGCA